AUGCGGCGGCUAGCGGAGGUGGAGGUGGUGACGCGCGUGCACGUGCGGCUCGUGGGGUUCGACGGCGACCGCGACGACAACAGCAACCUCCGCGUGCAGCCGGAGGAGAUGACCAAGUUCCUCAACACGCUCAAACCAGACACCGUCUUCCGAGCCAUUCACGGCGAGUCACACGCGCUGGCAGUGCGGCAGCGCGUGGCGUUCUCGGUGUCGCGUGCACCCAGGCGCCUGGCGUCCGCCAUCUCCACUGACAUCUUCCGCUUCGUUGGGCGGCGCUCCCUCGCGCUUUCCCCACCCAUGCUCUCCCCGCCCAUGCUCUCCCCACCCAUGCUCUCCCCGCCCAUGCUCUCCCCGCCCAUGCUCUCCCUGCUCGCUCAUGCUCUCCCCGCUCCUCGCCCGCACCCCUCCUCCCCCCUGUUCCCUCGCGAGCAGCGCUACGUGUGGGUGGAUCUGACGGCGGGGCCGGUGAGCUACGGGCCGGCGUGGGAGGGGCAGGGGGCCGUCACGCCCGCCGCAUACCUGCGAGCAGAGCAGUACAGCAAGGAGCUGCUGCACGGGGCAUUCCUGGCGCACGUGGCAGUGCUGGUGGACAGUGCAGUGCGCCAUGUGUUUGUGCCGCCACUGCUGCACGCGCCCGUGGUGUACGCAGUCACCACCGACAUCUGGCUCAUUGCCAUGCGCACUGGCGCUACUGGAGAUGGUGGGCGUGCAGGCGAGGAGGACAUGGGGCUGGACCUCAGCGCCAUCAAGGACCAGGUCAGCCGCGCCCUCUGUGUGCAACGCUGGUGGGAUGCAGAGUGUGUGCAUGGCCCAUUCACGGGGGCACCAACUCAGCAUGGGGUGCGGCGCAAAAUGCCUGCCAGGCUCUGUGCACCCACCCAACACACCUCACCACGGACGUGCCACCACCCCAUUCCCCUUUGCCUUGUGGCUCGUCCCCAUGCACUCUGCUCUCAUCAACGCCCCUGCCACCUCACCCUGCAUUCGCUCUGCCCACUCUGCUCGCCACAUUCCACCCCUCCACCCUCCACCCCCUCGCCUAUUCAUUCUCUGCUCCCCAUCACGCCUUUCACCCGCGCAGCUGCUAGCGCGCUCACCGCCAGUGCUGCUGGCGGGGCAGCAGGUGCGCUUCAAGCAGGUCCACCUCUCCCUCGCCACCUGCUCCUUCUGCUCCACCGCCCUGCACCGCGCCAUGCGGGCAAAUGUGUUGUGUCAACUCGGAACAUCAUUUUGUUCACAGCCAGCCGAAAUGUAGGUGUAUCCUCACUUCAACCUCCCUUCCUGUCCGCGCCCCCCUCUCUCCGCCAGUCGGGCCUGUACGAGGCCACCACUGCCUCCGCCGGUGCCGCUGCCAGCUCAGCAGCAGGCGUGCCAGCUGGCAUGGAGGUGCGGCGCCACCUGGACUCGGAGGAUCUGCACCGCCACCUGUCUGAGUUCUGGCCUGAGAUCACUGGUGAGCCUGAGAUCACUGGUGAGCCUGAGAUCACUGGUGAGCCACCACACCUCACCCUUCCUGCUGACCUGCGUGCUGUUGUCCGUGAUGGGCGUGGGCGUGGAUGUGGAUGUGAGCUAGCCGGCCUGCCACUGCCAGACUAUGCGGAGCGCAACGACCCCAACCCGCAUGCGGGGCGCUUCUUCCCCGUCUUCCUCUUUGACCUGCACGAGCCAUCCCCCCUGCUGCUGGACGGCCGCCACCGGGCGCUGGCAUACGACGACAUGGUGCUGGCUGUGCGCACCACUGCCCCGCCCCUGCCCUCGCACUUCAUGUGCGAGGGCGAGGGGGUGCACGUGGAUCCCACCAACAUCACUCGCGCCGUGCUCUCUGCCAUCCUGCAAACCGCCUGGGGCGUCGCCCCCACUCACGAGGCAUGGAGCGCCAUCCACAAUGCAUCGCAGCACGACUACCGGUGGAGCAGCGGCAUCACGCCCAUGGGCCUGUUCUCGCGCCACCUCACUGUCACGACCACGAUGCGAGACACAGCGCUGCGCAACGUGGUGCUCUCCACACUCAACUCCACCAUCGCCAGCACCCUCCACCUCCUCUCCGCGCUCCAGGUGCCUCACUUCUCUUCCCUUCUCCCCUUGCAUUCUCCCCUUGCAUUCUCCCCUUGCAUUCUCCCCUUGCAUUCUCCCCUUGCAUUCUCCCCUUGCAUUCUCCCCUCCCCUUCUGCGUCUCCUCCUCUUCUCUCCUUCUCCCUUCAUCUUUUCUCCCCUCGUCGUCUCCCCUCCUUUUCCCCCCUCCUAGUCUCCCUCCCUUAUCAUCUUCCCUCUCCAUUUGGUCUGCCCGCUAAUCCCUACCUCCCAAGCCGCACCUCAACCCAAAUCAGGUACGGGUCGGAGGAGGCGGCGCUGAAGCCGGGCGCGGUGAGGCAGCGCUUUGAGCAGCGCUGGGCGGUGCUGCGCCACAAGCUGCACCGCGCUGCGGCCGCACUGUCGGUGGUGGACAUGCAGCUGGCGGGGUACUACGCGCGGUCGGCGCGCCAUGACAUGGACGCGCUGUUUGAGCUGGCGGGGCAGUCCGCACAGGACAUGCACACCUCCUUCUCCUGCUUCCAGGAGGCGCCAGUGGCAUGGUCGGUGUGGGGUGGGGGAGCAGUGCUGGCAUAUCUGGCAUUCCUGGUGGGGCGCAAUCGCUGGCGAGUCUGGCGCGUCAAACACAAACGCUUCUAG